AUGGCUGUUAUAAUGAAUACGCGAAACACGAAACGGACGGUCGCCGAGACGGCCGGCGGUCGACGGGCGAGAGUAGCGCCAAACGCCGCCCAAACCGUCGCUCAGCCGUCGGCAGCGCCCGCGCCGUCCGCUCGCGUCACUCGACGUCAACAGAAAGUGCUCAAAGAGGCCGUCGAAGAAGUGAUGGAUCAGAUGGAGACCAUCGACGGCGCCGAACAACAGCAACAACAACAUCAGGUGAUGGAAGUGAUCGCACACGAAGUCCAUCAGAUGGACGCCCAGGAAGUGGUCGCGCAUAUACAGCAACAGCAACAACACGGGUCCGGACAACACAUGACCACAACCAUCAUUCAGAUCAUUGACGAUCACAACUACGACCAGUCGGGCGGACAGGAGUUAGUGGCCCACGUGUUGGAGGCGCCGGCGAUGGACGACACGCAACAGGCGUUGGACGCGGACAACGACCGGGCGGUGGACGCGGGCGGCGACGGCUGCGCUGCCGGUGGCGACGAUUUGGCCAACUAUUGGACGAUAGAGAGGAGUCAGACUGCGAGCGACGGUCGGGUGGACUUCGUGUGCAAAUGGAUGUUGUGUUCAUUCCGGACGACCUCCGAGUGUUCAAUGCGUAAACACGCGGUCAAACACCAGAAGCCAUACAUGUGUUCGUUCGUCGGGUGCGGCGACCGCUUCACCGAAACGCAGGAACUGUUGCAACACUUCUCGGCCACACAUAUGGACACCAAUGCCUUCAAGUGUACGUUCGCUGACUGUCAGCAGAAGUUCAAAGACAUCAAGUCGUUGACCGCCCAUCGCGUGUCACACGUGUCGCACACAACGCAACUCAUUAAAGCCAACAAAGACUAUAAGCCCGGCGGCCAUCGGAACCGUUUGCCUAACGAUAAUCUCCAUCACGUCUAUCAACUAAAUGACGAGAAUUUGACGGCCACUUAUGAGAUCAGCGGCGAAGGCAUAACUAUGGCGGACGGCACCCAAUACUACGAGACGACGGCCACCAGCGGUGGUGUCAGCGGCGGCGGUGACGGAAAGUGCGAGCCAUACGAUCGGUACCGAAACAAUUCGCGCAUCACUUCUGUGAUCCGGUGUCCCAUCAGUUCCCUCACCGACGAUAUCGUCGAAGGAAACGACAAUUACGUGAAGUGUCGCUCAUUUGACGGCAAAUUCUGGUACAAAUGUUUGUGGGAUUAUUGCGAUUACGGGAACAUCAAUGAAGGUAUUAUACGUCGACAUGUACUCAAACACGAGUUCCCGCACAAGUGUUCGUUCGACGGCUGUUCCAAGAGUUUUACCACCAUUUCGGAGAUGGCAGAGCACCGGACAGUGGCCCACACGGGACCCAAUCCAUACAAAUGCGAUUGGCCUGAAUGUGUGGACGCCUUCGAGACACUCAAAGUGUUGACCGAACACAAGACCAAACACCUGUCCGAGUCGUCGCCCGUAAUGAACAACACAGCCAUUCGGGUCAAGAAAGUGAAAGCGCCCGCAACUCCCAAACCAUUUGUUUGCGAUUUCGGAAAAUGCAACAUGCAUUACGCGACUCCAGAGGAAUUGGAUGCCCACAAGCAGAUCCAUUCGGGUGACCGGCCGUACAAAUGCCAAUUCCCCGACUGUACGUUCGCCGCCAAAUCCAAAGACAAACUCCAAAUACAUCACUCGCGACACUCUUCGGUGAAGCAGUUCCGGUGUCUGUGGCCGACGUGUGACAAGAGUUUUACGAUUAGCGAACAGUUGCGUCGACACCGAAAACUACACACCAAUAGAGAGCAACUGAUCUGCGAAUUCUCCGGAUGUGAUCAACUCUUCCACACCGCGGAUGAGUUGGAGAAACACUUACGAAGACAUCUGGGAAUUGAAGACUCGGCGUUCAGCGCAUUGAGUCCUUUGGGCUUUAAAUGCAAUUUCGGACUUUGCAAAAUGCAUUUCCAGACCCGAGAAGAGCUUCAAAGACACAGCCAAUCACAUCGCGGCCAACGUAUGUUUAAAUGCGGUUACGAUAAGUGCUCGUAUUCGGCCAAAACGCUGGACAAACUGACCGCACAUUUGCGCUACCAUUCGGGCGAACGUCCCUUUAAGUGCGAUUUCGUGGGCUGUCAUCAGGACUUCAUUCAAAGCCAUCAUUUAGCCCGACAUCGAAAGUCACACUUUGGUGGACAACAAACUCCAAACAAGACAGACAUCGCGUCCGACGAUAAGCCGUAUGACUGCGAGGACUGCGGCCAAGAAUUCGACGACGAUAUGGCGCUCGUAUCGCAUGAAUGCCCGGAAGGCUCGUCCGAAACGGAGCCCAAAAUCAAUAGUAAAUCAAAAGUCAUUAAUCAUAAGAGAAAACUUUUUGUAAAAGAGGAAGAGGAGAGCGAUUUGGACGACAGCGAAGUGAAUACGUCUCCAAAUAGACCAAAAGCGGCCCGAAAUGCGAGUAAAACGGACGAAACGAGUGGCGAAGCGACCGUGUAUUUGGGGCCCAAAGAAUACGCCUGUAGUUUCGGAAAGUGUCACUUCAAGGGCUUCACCGAAGAGGAGUUGUGCGAACACACGGAACGACUGCAUUCGGGCGAUCGGCCCUUUGCCUGCGAUUUCCAAGACUGCACUUUUAAGGCCGGCCGUAAAGACAAGCUUAAAAUACAUAUGAGACGACAUACCGGCGACCGGCCCUACAAAUGCGAAUGGAAUGAUUGCAACCGUACUUUCAUAUCAAAAGACAAUUUAAAUCGACAUAAUUUGACACAUUUCCGGUCCAAGGGAUCCAAAGCGAACGCAAUCGACACCGAAUUUGACCGAACGCUCAAAGAAUUGGAUGAUUUACUACACGAGAGCGAUGAGGUAGUGCUGCCCACAACCCAUGACGAAACCGCCCCUCCUCUUGAGGAGACAACUAAAUGAAUGC